AUGCGUAUUUGGUGUUCGAAGUCCUCCCAGGAGCGUCGGAAUCUAGCAGACAAGGUCCUGCAAUUAUUCUCUACUGGAUCAUCUUCCAUUAGUGUCUCGACGAGUCUAAAUUAUGGUUCAAGGCCUAUUACACGUCGUCCAGGUGUUGAGGAGAUUAAGAACUGUAUACUCACAAGUGUCUACCCGUGUUUACCACCUCAGUGUGAUCCAUUACGUGGUGAAAUCUGGCAAGUCUUAUUGCAUGUCUAUAAGCGGAAUCAACAUGGUUCUGCUGCUCAGGAGUUUGAUCGGAUGUUACAACGACUUGGAAAAUUGCCACGAGAUGCUGUUUUAUGUCAAGAAUGUCAUGAGGUGGCAGAAAUGCUGGCACCCAUGGAGAUUAAGACGAGAGAGCGGAUUCAACAGGAAGUGGAAGUUUUACUCAUGUGGUUCUUAACAACAAAGAGUGUUGCCUACUCCACAGGCAUGGCACGUGUUGUCGCGUGUUUUUUUAUCCUGAAAAUGCCACUGGCGACGAUUUAUGACUGUUUUUAUCAAUAUUGUGCACAGUUUUUACCACAUUUUGUCGUCGCUGAUAGUUUGUUUGCAGAUGUGUCCUCGGCAUUGAAUGCUGCUGGUGGUAGUACUGCUGGUGGUAGUAGUACUGCUGGUGGACAAGUUGGAAGCAAUCGAGGAAGUAGUAGUAGUAUGGAUGAAACUUAUUCUGGACAUAGAGGAACGUUAGAACGAUCAAGUUCGAUGGACUCGACGUCGUCGUUAGGAGAGGAAACAAAACGACGUGCGGACGAUGAAGAAGCACAGACAUUAAAACGUGAACGACAACAAUUGGUGGAACAGUUGCUGAGUUAUCAUGCACCACAACUUGCAUAUUGUUUGAAUCAAUGGUGUGGCAAUGAAUGGAGUGUAGCAGGCAAAUUGUUUGCUGCUGACUUUUUGAUGGGACAUUUGUACCAGGUUAUACCACCAGCUGCAUUUGUAUACGUGAUGGACCAGUAUUUGUUGACAGGUGACUCGCUCUUUGGACUGUUUUUCGUGAUUGCCGCGCUGAUUCAGCGAGAGGACGUGCUGUUGGACUGUGGAUCGACGCAGGAGGUGCAAGAACAGAUUUGUGCGGCCUUUGACGCAAAGGCGUUUGCUGAUGAAGAAAAUGUCCGCUUCUUAUGUCUAUUGGCGUCUCGUCUGCGUGGCAAGACACCUAAGACGUACAAGUGUUCACAGCGUGAGGCCACAACUGACAUCCGAUGCUCUUCGCGUCAAGCAAUUGAGAUUGCUUAUGGCUCGGGUGCUAGUACAGUUGCUAGGAAGGUGCGGGCUUUAUCUAGUAACGAAAGCAUGAGUGGGCCACCUUCAGGUGGUCUUAGUGCACCAUCAUCCUCGGAUCGAAAGUCGACUGCUGAAGCUGCGGUGGAUAUGUCGCAGUGGGUAAUGAAAGAGUCUCGCUCGAUUGCAGGCAAAAUAUUCUGGUACCACACGCAGACAGGAAAAACACAGUGGGAGCACCCCGCUGAAAAACACGAUCCGCCAUCAGCUUAUUUCGCACUACCUAUUAGCGUCGAGGAAGUGGGUGCACAGCUCAUGGGUGGUGGUGAGAAAGGUGGUGGUGAGAAAUUAAGCGAUCAGCAGCAAGCUCCAGGCAGUUUGAGUCCUCGUUUUUUUGUUGUUGAUUGCCGGGGUUUACGUAGCUCGGAUGAUCUAAAGAGUGGUCGCAUUCCGGUGGCGUAUACUUUAGACCCUUCAGUGUUUGAUUCACCUGAACUAUUAGCAAAGAGUAUGGAAGCUUUCAACCCAAUGAAGUCUCAAGUCCAUGUUGUUUUAGUCGGCCAUGGUGUUGGUGUUCCUCCUGAGCUAGCUACGUCCGAAGACGUGAAAAUGAGUAUUCGUGACGCUGUUCAUUUGGACACGGACUGCCUCAACCAGGCUGCGAUGUUUUUCCAGAAGCGCGGGUUUCGUUUUGUGAGCAUUCUGGAUGGAGGCUAUUCGUCAUGGCAUGCAUUUAUGCGUGAUCGCCCCGGUUCGUCACCACAGGAACUAUUGAACCACGUUGCUGAUCAGUGCGUUUACUGCCGGUACGACACAAUCCUACGCACAGGUCGGGAUCCACUGAAGAAAAAGUCAAAGCUGAAGAAGCCGCGCCGCAAAAAGUCAAUGCCCACUACAACAUCAAUGCCUGUGAACGGUGGGACUGGCGACGCAAGUAUCUUCUCGACAAGCGGUUUCAGUCAUAGAAAAAGUGGUAGCAUCGGUAGUAGCGGUACGCCUAGCGUUAGACGCCAGCUAUCUCUUUCUCGUAGCUCAAUUACGUCGAUGAGAAGUAAGCUCUCAGAGGUGUCCAUUCCAAUGAAGUGGGGGUGGAAGCGGAGGUCGUCGGCCAGCGCAAGCAUCCAGAACGACAGUGGCUCAUCAUCCGAGACGGCGACAGCAGAAGAUGGCGGCAGCGAUCACGGUUCGUCCGUGGACGACCAGGAAGAAAAAUAUGACGAGGCGACGCAUGAAAUGCUUCGUUCUGCACUUGAAGAACCUGAGGACCCAGACGUGGAUGCUGGCGUAGAUAUAGAUGUCAAGGAUUCCAAGUUUGUCGGCGUCUUUACUAUAGACUACAGCGAUGACGAAAUUGAAAUUGAAGACGAAGGAAACACUAAAGAAGACAUGACCGAGCUUGGUGGCUCCACAUCAAUGGCAAUGGACGUAUCGAAGGACGUUAAGCACGAGACGGUUGCUGGACUUGGUGCUGUUUUAGGAAGUGAGGCUGAGCCAACGACAUUGGUAUGA